GAGGAGACGGACAGCGGACGGUCUGAACGAGACGGUUUUGGGUAGAUCCGACACCGUGAAGACCCCCGUGAUGAUACCAAGAGGCCUGAGGAGAUACGGGGUCCAGGAGGGUUGAGGUUCUUGCUUAAUGUGAUUACGGUCUCAAUAGUAGCAGUCUGAGAUGUUCAGAACCAAAGUUAUCGCUGUCUCAAGGUGCAACCAGUGUAAGCUUAGCCUCAAAACGACAAUCGAGUCCUACAGGCCGCGUUAUGUUUCUUAUAGACGCUCCUCGGUUCUUCUGGAGGAGCAUUCCUGCAUGGCUAAAGCUAACCAAAGUAGGAAGCUUCAGUUCUGUGAGGCCUAACUGAUCUUCUCCUGGUUGUUCAGGUUACGACGCUGGCUCAGUGAGCGUGCCAUGGAUUUCAGCAACGAGGUGGAUCUCUCCAACAGCAACAACAAGAACAUCAUCGCUCCACUGUGGAAGAAACGUCCCCCACAUCAGCUCUCCAAUGGUAGCCUGAAGCCCAAACCCAGACCUCUGAGUUACCAGAUCGACGGCGUGCUCGUCACCGACUUUCCUUUGGAGGACAAUCACACGGUCGCCCUCGGUCCGCCCGAAGAGGAGAUGGGCGCCCCUCAGGAGACCACGGUGCUCAGACAUGUUUUGAACAAGCCGGCCCGGAAGACCCGUGUGGUCAGGAGCAUCAGCAUCGGGCACCUGUCGAGUGGACGCUUCUCUCCGACCAGGUUUAAGUCAGAGAACGAUAAGGACGCCGUGGUAGAUGUGGAUAAUAAUCAAGGUCCUAAAAUGCCCACGCCUUCAGUGAAGACCUCGAAUGGGUUGAGCUUCUUGAAGGACAGAAGAAAGCGUGAUCCUCUGAAACGACUGUCCAGCCCGUUAAACCUCGUCUCCCAGAGAGAGCGGAUCGUUCCUGGGGGGUCGUCACCAACACCCGAGAGAAUAACGCCUUCCGAAUCGGGCUCUGCGUCACCGGUAUCCUGUCAGUCCUCUCCAGUGGGUGGUUCUCCAGUCGCUCUUCAGACCUCCUCAUCUCACAGCUCGACCAUGAGCAUCCCAUCCUCGUCCUCCUGCUCCUCAGGGAACUCCUCGUCCGAGACCAUCACGCCUCCAUCGCCCUCCCCUGUUUCACGACAGUCCUCCAGCUCCUCCCGGGGUUCCCAGGGGUCUGGAGGGUCACCCAUUCCCACCGUGGUCCUCAGCACCCACAGCCCCGCCGCCCUUAAAACAGGUACCCAGCAGCUCGUCCCUCGCAACUUGGCGUCGGAGAAGCGGCCGGGCAAGGUCGGUCAGUCCGGGGCCUUCCUGGACGCCCCUAAACGCGCCCUCCGCGCUCGCAGCAUGGUGGAAAGCGGUUCGUUCUUCUCCAACAGCAGAGAGGACGAGGAGCACGACGAGGACGGGCCCGGGCUGCUCAGAAGAGGCCUCAGGUCCACGUCGUACCGCCGGGCCGUGGUCAGCGGUGUGGACGUGGUGGACGUCCUUGAUUCUGUCCCGAGAGACGUCGUAGAGGUCAGAGAGGAACCGAGGGGACAGAGGAGCCCUCGACCCAACACGAACAAGAGCGAGGAGAAGAAGGCGAGGCUGCAGACGCAGAGAACCUUCGACAGUGAAGAGGACGAGGUCUUGUACCAGAACUACCAGGAGAAAGCGCUCCAUAACGACUCGGAUGAGGACGCGGAGUGCAAGGAGCCCAGAUCAGAUGAUAGAAUUGUGGUCCAGUACAAACCCAUCCGAAUCUCCUGGAGUCAGCUCAGCGUGGUUAAAAAAAGCGGGGCGUCCGAGAGGCUGAACCAAGAGGAACGAAAGAGGCAGGAGGCGAUAUUCGAAGUGAUCUCCUCGGAGCACAGCUACCUGCACAGUCUCAUCAUCCUCGACCGCCUGUUCAAGGACUCGGCCGAGCUCAGGAACACCAUGACCAAGACGGACCACCACCACCUCUUCUCCAACAUCGUGGACGUGUGUGAGGCCAGUAAAAAGUUCUUCAAAGAGCUGGAGGACAGACAUCAGAAGAACGUUGUGAUCGAUGACAUCAGCGACAUAGUGAUGAGACACGCCCGGUCCAACUUCGAACCCUACGUGACGUACUGCUCCAACGAGGUGUACCAGCAGAGGGCGCUGCAGAGACUCACGGGUAAGAGUCCAUCGUUUAAGGAGGUUCUGACCCGGAUCGAGUCUCACCCAGACUGCCGGAACCUGCCAAUGAUCUCCUUCCUGAUUCUGCCCAUGCAGAGAGUCACCAGGCUCCCUCUGCUCAUCGAUACUAUCUGUCAGAAGACUCCCAAAGACUCAGAGCAGUACGAGUCCUGCAGAAAAGCUCUCCACUCCGUCAGCAAGCUGGUACGGAAGUGUAACGAAGGCGCUCGUACCAUGGAGAGGACGGAGAUGAUGUACACCAUUAACUCUCAGCUGGAGUUUAAGAUCAAGCCGUUCCCGCUGGUCUCGUCCUCGCGGUGGAUGGUGAAGCGUGGAGAGCUGACGGCGUACGUGGAGGAGAGCGGGAUCUUCUCCAGGAGGACGUCCCGGCACCAGGUCUACUUCUUCCUCUUCAACGACGUCCUGAUCGUCACCCGCAAGAAGAGUGAGGAGAGUUACACGGUGAUAGACUACGCUCUGAGGGAUCAGAUCUGGGUGGGGCCGUGCCAGCUGGAGGAUUUAAACCUCUCGCCCACCCGCGCCACCGCCGGCAUGCUCACGUCACAGAAAGCUGGAGCCAAUCACCUGCUCCAGCUCAACUUCUGCAGCAACCACUCCGGAGAGAAAGUACCCAUGAUCCUCGGGACGGAGCUACUUAAUGAGCGUGCUCGAUGGAUCAGUGCACUGGGACACAGUAAUAAAGAGAAGAGCAGCGCUGACAGAACAAAUGCCAUGCAGGUGGAGGUCGUUCGUACGUACACGGCUCGGCAGCCUGAUGAACUCUCACUGCAGGUGGCGGAUGUUGUGCUGGUCUCUCAGACGGUGGAGGACGGCUGGUACGAGGGCGAGCGUCUCAGAGACGGUGAGCGCGGCUGGUUCCUGGCCGAGUGCGCCGAGCCCAUCACGUGUCGGGCCACCAUCGAGAAGAACAUGCAAAGGAUGGACCGGCUACAGGGUCUGGAGACCAACGUCUGAGCGUUUCCUCCACGCCGUCUCACCCAACCACUUUAACCCUACAGUACCUGUGACUGACUGACGCUCUAUCAGGGGAACAGGAGCAGAUUCGGGAGCGAGAACAGCGAUACAGUCGAUACGGAAUCAUGAAUAAACGCUUCGUUCUGACGUGCUAACCUCUCUAACCAUGAUUAUAAAUCUAAUCACACACAGUUACCAAUAAAUUCUAUUUUCUGUUGAACUCUC